UAGUUAUCUGGCAAAAAUAGGAGAUGGAGGAAUAGACUCUCUCCCUCAAACCAACCAAUGAGGGUCUGAAAUCUGACUUGGUAUUGGGCAGCAUUUUUUAUGUUGAGGAAUAUUCUUUUUUUUUUUUUUCCAUUUGUGUGAUCAUUCAUGAAUUCCUGCCAAUACCCUCAACAAUGCAGCUUUGAUUAAUUUUAAGCACCUUUAUUGUCAACAGUAAUAGAUUAUUUUUCUCUUGAUAAAUCUCCCACAUUCUGCUCUCAUGGUUACUUACACUAUCAUUCACUAGGGAAAUGAAGCAUAGUUGCCAAAAUGAAGGAAAACAGGUGAAAAAUUAGAAUGAGUAAUUUGGUCUCUCGCUAACCUUAUCUGGUUCACCCACUUCAAUUUAGAGUGGUCACUUACUUCUGAUUCUCAUCUGAAUUCCUGCUUUUCACUGUAUGUGCUUCUUUAUCUAUUAAUUUACCUUCAUGAUAACCAACUCAUCUUGAAAACUUGAAAUUGGUUCCUUCAUCAGUGUCCCACGUUUUGAUGUUUGUGGAUUCUUUUCGGUCUGCUAUUUUUUUUUAAUUUUGUGAAAAGUUGAUUUUCAUGCGGUUCUAUUGAUGGCCUCCGACUUAGAUGCGUUUGAUGAGAUAAAAUUGUGGCUCAACUCUCUACCAGAUACUGAAUUAUCAGAUGAAGAAAUCAAGGUUUUUCUGCACAGCUGCUAUGGAAAUUGUACUGACACAAAAAGAUGUAUCGAAGUUUAUCAUUCUUCAAGGAGAGAGCUGCCUGAAGUUUUUGCAAAUAGAGAUCCAAGAGACCCUUCCAUCCAACAAUUUUUUAAAUGUUUUCAGAUUAUACUGUCCAAAGAGAGAACUGAUGAAAAUUUUGCUGUGAUCCUGAUUCGAGCAACCAAUCCGUCAGUAGAAUACUUUGAUAUUGCAAGUUUGUUCAAAGCAUAUUUCAUGACCGUAGACACUCUGAUUUUGGAGGAUCCUUACUGUGAAGGAUUAAUAUUGGUUUUUGAUGUGGCUGGUAGCUCCGUAUCACACUUGAGGAAGUUGAAUUUUGGUGUCCUGCGGAAGUGUAUCAAGUAUUUAGAGGAAGGAAUGCCCAUUCGAACCAAAGGAUUACAUGUUGUCAAUUUAACAUUUGUAAUGGUCAAAAUAAUUCAACUAGUCAAGACAUUUUUAAAAUCAAAUAGAGAUGACAUGACUUUCUUUCAUUCUUCCUCAAAACUGGAAACUCUUUACUCAGCUGUGCCCCAGAGGUGUCUCCCUGGAGAAUAUGGUGGAACUUUGGGUUCUUCGGAAGAUCUGAAUAAUAAAAAUAUAGAGCGGUUAAUUGAAUAUCGAGAACACCUUCUGGAAGGUAAAAUGAGACUUCCAGCCAUUGCCAAAAGGGACAAUCGUCAAGGAAAAUCAAGUUGCGAGGACCAAGCGUCAUUAGAACAAUUAUGCAUUGAAUAAACUGUCCAAUCAUGUGUCAA